AUGAGACAAAAAAACGAUAAAGCAUUCACUGAACUCCUUAACAGAAUCAGAACAGCCUCCCAUACAGAAGAUCAUAUUAAAGUUAUUCAGUCAAGAUCCAUUGAACCAUACGAUCCAAACUAUCCAUCUGAUGCACUUCAUAUUUUUGCUGAAAAUGCUCCUGUUAAUGAACAUAACCAAAAGAAGCUUGAAGAAAUUCAAAGACCUCUCUUUAUUCUUAAAGCAAAAGAUCAAUAUCCAAAAAACAUCAAUAAAGCAGACAUUAAUAAACUUUUAGCAAGAGGACGGUCUGACACAUGUGGACUUGAUUAUGAAAUACGAAUUAAAGAAGGUGCCAGAGUAAUGCUUACUACAAAUAUCAACAUACAAGAUCAACUUAUCAAUGGUCAAAUUGGAACGAUAGCUAAAAUUAAUAUUAAUUCAAAUAAUGAACCAAAUGUUUUAUAUAUUAAGUUUGAUGAUGAGAAAGCUGGUAAAACUACAACAAACACCACUACCAACAUGUUUGCAAGAGAGAAUCAUGUUGUACCGAUAGAGCCUGUUCUUGCAAAAAUCAAAGUUAGACCUGGAAAAGCAUCAUCUCCAGAAAUACAGAGAAUCUUUAAGAAAGCAUAA